AGAGGGAGAGACGCGCAAUCCCCUACGCGACCAAUAGCGUUUGUUUUCAUCGGCUGUCAUGGCCUCCGCGGAAGGCGAGGUACGCUUGAAUCCGCCCCAGGAUCCCUCUCUGCCGAGGGAUUCCUUCGAAGAGACGGUCGGAGAGGUCCUGAGGGGUUCCCUGCGUUCGCUGCCUCGGUUGAUUGGGCAGUUUAACCUCCAGGAAGAUGUGGUGAAAAUUAACAUAAACUGGGAGAAAUUUCGAGGCAUAUCACUACCCCAGCCUAAAUUGCUCUUUACUGCUCUUCAGCAGCAUAUUUCCUCUUUACAGCUUUUUAUGGAAAAACUUCAGCCUUUGAUUAAAGAAGAAAAUACUACGCCCAUUUAUAAUUUUAGCAAGACAGAACAUGGACAUUUUGAAAGUAGUUCAGAUGUAAUAGAUAAAGACCUACAGAAGGAAAUGAAACAUACAGCCAGUGACUCUGCAAAUCUGAAAGAAGCUCCUUUUCGUUUUGACCCAGAAGUAGUUCAGAUAAAAGCUGGCAAAGCUGAAAUUGAAAGACGAAUAUUGGCCUUCAUUGAAAGGAAACAAGCUGAGAUCAAUGAAAACAAUGUCAGAGAAUUUUGCAAUGUUAUGGAUUGUAAUCAAGAAAACAGCUGUGCUAGAACUGAUGCAGUGUUUACACCUUAUCCAGGUUUCAAAAGUCAUGUGAAAGUUUCUCGAGUUAUAAAUACUUACGGACCUCAGACUAGAAAUCAAGAUGCCCAGGUUUCAAAUCAUAAUUCCAACACUCAUUCUCAUGAUUGUGGAAAUCAAGCAAUAGAAGAGAGACUACAGAAUAUUGAAGCACAUUUAAGGUUACAAACAGGUGGACCAGUGCCAAAAGAUAUUUAUCAGAGGAUAAAAAAACUUGAAGAUAAAAUUCUUGAAUUGGAAGGGAUGUCUCCUGAAUAUUUUCAGUCUAUGAAUUUGUCUAUGAAAAAAAGAAAAAUUCAACAAAAUCAAAACUAUACUCUGGCUGAACUUGAUGAGAAGAUCAAUGCACUCAAACAAACAUUGCUGAGAAAAACAAAUGAAGGGAGGCCUAAAGUGGUGGACCUGAUUGAGGGGAAUGAGAUUGAUCCCAAAACAUCUUUGAAGGACUAAUGUUGAAGUUACCACAUUCAAACUUCAAUGAAAAAUAUUUUCAUUAUGAUCUGCCGUGUAAAAUGUGUUCUUUUCUUCAAAAUUGAUUACAGUGAGGAGCAUUGACACAUCUUGCCGUCUCCAAAAUGUGCCUUUUAUUCUUUUUGCAGAUUUCAGUAAAAUGAAGCAGGCCACAUAUCAGUGGCUUGUAACUAAUGCGUUCAGGUAUAUCACAAUUAUACAAGAUUGGAAAAAAAAAUCCCUCCCCAUCCCAAAUACCAAGUUUCUCUUUGUCUUUAGUGUUUUCCAUUUAGAGAGAAAAAGGGGAAAUAAUUAUUUGCACAAGGGCAAAUAAUUCAACCGGGAGAGUUUCUGAGGCAAGCAUGCUUGUAGUUGUGGCAUCUGUUUUGUUAUUUCCAUCUGAUCUCCAUAGGAUCGAAUGGAUAAUAAUCACGGCUAGUAGAGCAGCUCUUUAAUCAACUUACUUCCAGGGUAAGUUCAAGGUGCUGUUUCUUAGGCUUAAAGCCUUAGACUUUUUGGAUGCAAUAUAUCCAAGGUGAUACCUCAUCCUCUUACGUUUUUCUCUAAUUACCAAAUCCCUCCCCCCCCCCCACAGCUUUUGUUGCAAGUCUCGAGGCUAAAUGCCAUUCAUAGAUAUAACAAGUUAACUGAUUAAACUCCCCAUCAAUAAAUAAUCAGAGAUGAAUCUUUACGGGAGACUAUUAGGAAAUGUCAGAACUAUAUGCUAGAUUAGAAAGUUAAGGAAAGGAGAACAUGACAACUCAACUGAAGUGUGUCAUUGCAGACUAUAUCUAUUGCUGUUUCAUUCUCUUGGAAUUAAUUACUGCUUGUGGUAUUCACUGUCCAAAAGCUUGGCAUCUAUUUGCAUUUUAGGACAGUCUUUAUAUGAUAACAAACAUUUUUAGCCAAAACCAGUGGUACCUAGAUGUUUUACCAUUGCACACAUGUUAUCUUUUUGACUGAAUAGAUGGGACUAUAGUAGAAAAAUAUAUCUGAUCUUAUUAAUUCUUGGUCUGGCAAACUCCAGAUUAAACAUGUUAUAAAUGUGUUACAAGCAGUCCUUCAGUUAUGAGCAUAAUUGAGCCCAAAAUUUAUGCUGCUAAGUGAAAUUUGUUAAGUGAGUUUUGCCCCAUUUUACAACUUUCCUUGCCACAGUUGUUAAAGUGAAUUAUUGUGUUUGUUAAGUUAGUCACAUGGUUGUUAAGUGAAUAUGGAUUCCACAUUGACUUUGCUUGUCAGAAUGUAGCAGAAGCUGAUUAUAUGACCCAUUAACAUUAGGAUAAUGUUAAAUCUCUGCUUUUCAAACAUACUGAUGCAUAUUAUCAGUUAGGAUCAAAAUAUCUGAAGGAAUAUUGAAUUCCACUUAUCCGUCCAGUAGACUAAAAUCUGUAAAACAGCUGCUACUUUGGGUGCCAUAACAUUUAGAGGAAUAGUCCAUUUUUGUAAGGAGCUAAUUUACAUGUAGAGCUAUCCCAGCCGUGAAUGUUGUUUCCCAAGGAGCUAUGAGAGUUUCUAUUGGCUUGCAUUCUCUCUUGAUUAAUAAUGCUACUGUUUCUUUGGAAGUUUUGAUAUAACUAUGAUUGUCUAAUGCAAUUCUGUUUAAUUGAAAUACAUUAUAAAGCACUAAAUAAAAAUAUUGAAGAACAAAACUGAAUAGAAAAAAAGAGAAAACAAAAUGUUACACAGAUGUGACAGGUUUUAAUGGAAUUCAGAGAAAGCACACAGUGAUAGUGAUUUAUCACAGUUGACUCUGAGCCAAUCAGCUAAUGUAUUUCAAAUUUUAAAUGAUAAUUUGGAUAAUAAAUUUGGAGGAAAGAAGAAAGUGAAACUUGCAGUCUGCAGAGGGAUGGGAGUAAAGGAUAUCUCAACUCAUCAGAUCCUUUUUUUAAAAAAAUGUAUUUUGCCUGAUCUCCUAGGUCAGGGAUGUCAAACUUGCGUCGUCAUGGCAGCGUCACGUGACAUAUUGGGACUUUUUCCCCAUUGGCUAAACUGGGUGGAGGUGAGGCCAGCAUGUGAUGCAUCUGGCCUGCGGCCCACGAGUUUGACACCCCUGUUCUAGGUGGUUAUGAGUGACUAACAUAUUCUGUGGCUCCCUUAAUAUAUAGAAAAUAUAUAGAAUUUUAUAUUUGGAUCAAAAACUCCCAUAUCAUCCGUGCUCCACUCCUGAAAAUGAUGGAUACAUAUGAAAAUUGCAUUUCUCAAAACAUAAUUGGGUUCUCAGUAGUAGAUCCACAUGUAUACAUUGCCAUUGGAGCCUUUGUCUAGUAGCAAGAGAUCCCACAAAGAGCCAUCUAAAAGGUUUAGAGUUACUCUUUUUAUUCUUCUGUGUAAAUUCAAGUAGUUGUAACAUAUAUUGAGCAAUAAUUUUUUCACACACAAAGGGAUUCUGUCUGGCAUGAUUUAAGAUAUAUACCUCCUCCACACUUCAUAUUAUUUCAAACCAUAGAGCUGUAGUUUUUUUCUAUGUCAUAAUCUCACGGGCCUGUGAAUUAGAUCCUGUGAAUUAUAACUGGAGUGUAUUAGAACGUUCUUCAUUUUACACACAAUAGUAGCACCUUUUAUUUGAAUCUAUACAAGUGAUUCAAUGCUUAUAAAAUCAGUAUCCAAGGGAAGAGGAUAAUUAUUCUUGCCCUCUUCAAGUGUAUGCUUUGAUGCCUGAGAAUGGAAGGGGUGGUCCUCAUCUGUAUUAACAGAAUAGGAAGAACAAUAGAAUUUCACAGCCUAAACUACAGGACAGAACAUUUGUACAAAGGAGUAAAGUCAGCUUUCUUCCAUGUUUUGCAGUUAUUUGUGUGUACAGCUUCAAAGAGCCAUCACUAAUGGUUUGGUUGUUGUUAUGUCUGUUUUUAUAACUUCUUUCAUUUCUAAUAGAAUAACCCUAUAUAAAUCUGUCUGGCUUGCA